UUAAGGAAUCGGAGUAUUUGAAAACAGACCGCACUUUAAACUCUUUCAAGUUCAAAAAAGCUCAUUCUGCUAAGGAGGAAGAAAUCCAAACACCCCAACUCCUACAGAGUAUAUACUCUCAGCAGCAUCCAUAAAGUGCCUAGAACACAUCAGAAAUCGGCAAUAGCGCUCCCAUGGCCAGACCUUCUUGGUUGGUUGAUGGGAACAGGAUAGCAACAAAAAUCAGAAAUGCAUCAGGUGAUCCCGGUAAUGCUUACUGGAAAAGUAACCCUUCAAGGACUUGCCCCAAAUGCCACUAUAUCAUUGACAACAGCGAUGUAACUCAGGAAUGGCCAGGAUUGCCAAGAGGUGUGAAGUUUGAUCCAACAGAUCAAGAGAUAAUCUUGCACUUACUUGCAAAAGUUGGAAAUGAUAAUCUCAAACCCCAUCCUUUUAUUGACGAGUUCAUUCCAACAGUUGAUGAAGAUGACGGGAUAUGCUACACUCAUCCUCAAAACUUACCAGGUGUUAAGCAAGAUGGAAGCGUUACACAUUUGUUUCACAGAGCCAUCAAAGCAUAUAAUACCGGUACCCGAAAGCGCCGAAAGGUACAAGGUGUUGAUGUUGGAGAUUUCAGGUGGCACAAGACGGGUAGGACAAAACCUGUGUUGUUGGAUGGUGUACAAAGAGGUUGCAAAAAAAUAAUGGUUCUUUACAUGGCCUCAGUCAAGGGAGCUAAAGCUGCUGAAAAAACAAAUUGGGUGAUGCACCAAUAUCAUCUUGGGGCCAAAGAGGAUGAAAGAGAAGGGGAAUAUGUUAUAUCCAAAGUGUUUUUUCAGCAACAGCAGGUGGUGAAACAAAGUGAGAGAGCUGAACAUGAGUCUCCUGAAGAACCUGAAUCCUUAGAUGCUUUGAGGGAUCCUUAUACUCCUAAGACUGCGACUCCUGAACCUGCUCGUUUAGCAAGGAGACCAUUGAGUUCAGUUUCAGGGAUGGAGACCCCUAAUGUUGAGGCUUAUUCGGCUCUUCAUGUAUUCACACACACUCCCUUGACAUUCAGCAGCAGGUAAUCAAUUGCACAGAGGCUUACACAAAGAGUCCAUCUUUUAAGGAUAUCAAUCAAGAGGAAACUUCAGGGAGCCAACCUGAGAAGUUGGAGGUGCAAAAUGAGACUGAAGCGUGGGAUAGUGAAGCGUAUUUAUUAGAUACACAACAGCUAGCAGAAGGGUUUUCUUUAGUUGAUGAAUUUCUUCGGAGCCAAUCUCCAAACAGGGAUGGAGGUGAAAAUGGUUGUAAUGAGCAAAAGGACACGCCUGGGCUUUCUGAUUAUAGGCACUUGGACAAAGAGACUUUUAAAAAGGAUCUUGAACGGUGCCAAGAGUUGAUCCUUGAUCCACUUCUUGCAAUUCAAACUGCUAAUAAAGAGGGGAAGUGCAAACCUAAUCUUUCUGAUGAUGGACACAUAGAGAACAGCCAAGAUUUUCUUUGCAUUGACUCUCAAACUCUAGUUCAAGACACACCGCCUGACUUUCGACUAAGCCAGCUUGAGUUUGAAUCUCAGGACAGCUAUCUUGCUUGGGGUGGCACUAAGAUUGAUUCUUAUGAGAAAGGAAGUGAUUAAUCAUCAUUGUAUCUUGGAAGCAGGACAGCAAGCAGCAAGAUCUCACCUGUCUAUUCUUCAUUUUUUUGCCAACAUUUUUGUUCUUAUUUUGUACAUGUGCUCAAAGAUAUGCAUAACUGUAUCAGCACUUCAACUGCUUAUUUUGUACAUGUGCUCAAAGAUAUGCAUAACUGUGCUGGCACCUUAGUUACCCUAUUUUGUAUAGUGCCAAAACUCUUGUAAUGUGUUGCUUAUCAUCCUAUAAAGUGGCAUGUCUUCACACUGAACACUUUAUUGGUUACAUGAUUGUUUGGUGGGUCUGAUGGAAUUGUUUCCACGGCUGUUGAUAUCCAGUGUGGGACAAGGAGAAACAUUCUUGACUCAUGCGUUGGUGGAAUGUGGUUCAUUUCUUGCAUUUUCCACUGUGAGAUGAAUCUCUCUAGUUUGGGAGCAAAGACAGGUCAUUUACAGCAACUCUAAGUUUCCUUUUCAGAGAAAUCAGAUAUUUGUGGGAGUGGGGUGGUGGGGCAUACAUAUAUAACCCAGGGAAGUUGUAAGCUGAUACUGCUACUACUCACAAGUUGACAGUUGGCACUAAGGAAUGUGUAUUCCUAAUUCAGGACACUAGUUCAUAUAUUCAUGUUUCCUUCUUCACUUGCCUCAUUUAUAUUGUUUCAUACUUUCAUGGCAUGCUUUCAUUCUAGUAAUGGGCCUGGGCUUGGUCCCAAAAGUCGGGAUAAACUUUUGCUUGCAAGUUGCAAUGUUAACC